CCCCGGGCCGCGGCCGUGCCCCGCGUCGCGCUCCCCCGGGAUGGCCCGCGCGCCUCGGCGCUGCCUCUCGGAGCUCACGGCGGAGCGGCGGCGGCCGCGCUCGAGGGGCGCGCGGCUGCAGCGGCGGCGGCGCCGCGCGUGAGGGGCCGCCUAAGGCCCAGCGGGCGCGGCGGGUGGCCGGGCGAGCGCAGCCAACAUGUCGGAUACCAAGGUAAAAGUUGCCGUCCGGGUCCGGCCCAUGAACCGACGAGAACUGGAACUGAACACCAAGUGCGUGGUGGAGAUGGAAGGGAAUCAAACGGUCCUGCAUCCUCCUCCUUCUAACACCAAACAGGGAGAAAGGAAACCUCCCAAGGUAUUUGCCUUUGAUUAUUGCUUUUGGUCCAUGGAUGAAUCUAACACUACAAAAUACGCUGGUCAAGAAGUAGUUUUCAAGUGCCUUGGGGAAGGAAUUCUUGAAAAAGCCUUUCAGGGGUAUAAUGCGUGCAUUUUUGCAUAUGGACAGACAGGUUCGGGAAAAUCCUUUUCCAUGAUGGGCCAUGCUGAGCAGCUGGGCCUUAUUCCAAGGCUCUGCUGUGCUUUAUUUAAAAGGAUCUCUUUGGAGCAAAAUGAGUCACAGACCUUUAAAGUUGAAGUGUCCUAUAUGGAAAUUUAUAAUGAGAAAGUUCGGGAUCUUUUAGACCCCAAAGGGAGUAGACAGUCUCUUAAAGUUCGAGAACAUAAAGUUUUGGGACCAUAUGUAGAUGGUUUAUCUCAGCUAGCUGUCACUAGUUUUGAGGAUAUUGAGUCAUUGAUGUCUGAGGGAAAUAAGUCUCGAACCGUAGCUGCUACCAACAUGAAUGAAGAAAGCAGCCGCUCCCAUGCUGUGUUCAACAUCAUAAUCACACAGACACUUUAUGACCUGCAGUCUGGGAAUUCCGGGGAGAAAGUCAGUAAGGUCAGCUUGGUAGACCUGGCGGGUAGCGAAAGAGUAUCUAAAACAGGAGCUGCAGGAGAGCGACUGAAAGAAGGCAGCAACAUUAACAAAUCGCUUACAACUUUGGGGUUGGUUAUAUCAUCACUGGCUGACCAGGCAGCUGGCAAGGGUAAAAGCAAAUUUGUGCCUUAUCGAGAUUCAGUCCUCACUUGGCUGCUUAAGGACAAUUUGGGGGGCAACAGCCAAACCUCUAUGAUAGCCACAAUCAGCCCAGCCGCAGACAACUAUGAAGAGACCCUCUCCACCCUAAGAUAUGCAGACCGAGCCAAAAGGAUUGUGAACCAUGCUGUUGUGAAUGAGGACCCCAACGCAAAAGUGAUCCGAGAACUGCGGGAGGAAGUCGAGAAACUGAGAGAGCAGCUCUCUCAGGCAGAGGCCAUGAAGGCCCCCGAACUGAAGGAGAAGCUCGAAGAGUCUGAAAAGCUGAUAAAAGAACUAACAGUGACUUGGGAAGAGAAGCUGAGGAAAACAGAAGAGAUCGCACAGGAAAGACAACGACAACUUGAAAGCAUGGGGAUUUCCCUGGAGAUGUCUGGUAUCAAGGUGGGGGAUGACAAAUGCUACUUAGUCAAUCUGAAUGCAGACCCUGCUCUUAACGAACUUCUGGUUUAUUAUUUAAAGGAUCACACUAGGGUGGGUGCAGAUACCUCUCAAGAUAUCCAGCUUUUUGGCAUAGGAAUUCAGCCUGAGCACUGUGAGAUUGACAUUGCAUCUGAUGGAGACGUCACUCUUACUCCAAAAGAAAAUGCAAGGUCUUGUGUGAACGGCACCCUUGUGUGCAGUACCACCCAGCUGUGGCAUGGUGACCGAAUCCUAUGGGGAAAUAAUCACUUUUUUAGAAUAAACUUACCUAAGAGGAAACGUCGAGAUUGGUUGAAAGACUUUGAAAAAGAAACGGGCCCGCCAGAGCAUGACCUGGAUGCAGCCAGUGAGGCUUCCUCUGAACCAGACUAUAACUAUGAAUUUGCACAGAUGGAAGUUAUCAUGAAAACCCUGAAUAGUAAUGACCCAGUUCAAAAUGUGGUUCAGAUCCUGGAGAAACAAUACCUAGAAGAAAAGAGAAGUGCCCUAGAGGAGCAGCGGCUCAUGUAUGAGCGGGAACUGGAGCAACUCCGCCAGCAGCUCUCCCCCGACAGGCAGCCGCAGAGCAGCGGCCCCGACCGCCUGGCCUACAGCAGCCAGACAGCGCAGCAGAAGGUGACCCAGUGGGCAGAAGAGAGGGAUGAACUCUUCCGACAAAGCCUGGCAAAACUGCGAGAGCAGCUGGUUAAAGCUAACACCUUGGUGAGGGAAGCAAAUUUCCUGGCUGAGGAAAUGAGCAAACUCACCGAUUACCAAGUGACUCUUCAGAUCCCUGCUGCAAACCUCAGUGCCAAUAGGAAGAGAGGUGCAAUAGUGAGUGAACCAGCUAUCCAAGUGAGGAGGAAAGGAAAGAGCACCCAAGUGUGGACCAUUGAGAAGCUGGAGAAUAAAUUAAUUGACAUGAGAGACCUUUACCAAGAAUGGAAGGAAAAAGUUCCCGAGGCAAAGAGACUCUACGGGAAACGAGGUGACCCUUUCUAUGAAGCCCAAGAGAAUCACAACCUCAUCGGGGUGGCGAAUGUAUUCUUGGAAUGCCUCUUCUGUGAUGUGAAGCUUCAGUAUGCAGUCCCUAUCAUCAGCCAGCAGGGGGAGGUUGCAGGGCGUCUCCAUGUGGAAGUGAUGCGUGUUACAGGAGCUGUUCCAGAGCGUGUGGUGGAGGAUGACUCUUCGGAGAAUUCCAGUGAAAGUGGGAGCCUUGAAGUCGUAGACAGCAGUGGGGAAAUCAUUCACCGAGUCAAAAAGCUGACAUGUCGGGUAAAAAUUAAAGAAGCAACGGGGCUGCCCUUAAACCUCUCAAAUUUCGUCUUCUGUCAGUACACAUUCUGGGACCAGUGUGAGUCUACGGUGGCUGCCCCGGUGGUGGACCCUGAGGUGCCUUCACCACAGUCCAAGGACGCCCAGUACACAGUGACCUUCUCCCACUGUAAGGACUAUGUGGUGAAUGUAACAGAAGAAUUUCUGGAGUUCAUUUCAGAUGGAGCACUGGCCAUUGAAGUGUGGGGCCACCGGUGUGCUGGAAAUGGCAGCUCCAUCUGGGAGGUCGAUUCUCUUCACGCUAAGACAAGAACACUGCAUGACAGGUGGAAUGAAGUAACGCGAAGAAUAGAAAUGUGGAUCUCCAUAUUAGAAUUGAAUGAGUUAGGGGAGUAUGCUGCAGUGGAACUUCAUCAGGCAAAAGAUGUCAACACAGGAGGCAUCUUUCAGCUUAGACAGGGUCAUUCCCGUAGAGUGCAAGUCACAGUGAAACCUGUGCAGCAUUCAGGGACACUGCCGCUUAUGGUUGAAGCCAUCCUGUCAGUAUCCAUCGGCUGUGUAACUGCCAGGUCCACCAAACUCCAGAGAGGGCUGGACAGUUACCAGGAAGAAGACUUAAACUGCGUAAGGGAGAGGUGGUCAGAUGCACUCAUUAAACGACGAGAAUACUUGGAUGAACAGAUAAAAAAAGUCAGCAAUAAAACAGAGAAAACAGAGGACGAUGUGGAGCGGGAAGCCCAGCUUGUGGAGCAGUGGGUAGGGCUGACUGAGGAAAGGAAUGCUGUGCUGGUGCCGGCCCCAGGCAGUGGGAUUCCUGGGGCACCUGCUGACUGGAUCCCACCUCCUGGAAUGGAAACCCACAUACCAGUUCUCUUCCUCGAUUUGAAUGCGGAUGACCUCAGUGCCAAUGAGCAGCUUGUUGGCCCCCAUGCAUCCGGCGUGAACUCCAUCCUGCCUAAGGAGCACGGCAGUCAGUUUUUCUACCUGCCCAUCAUAAAGCACAGUGAUGAUGAGGUUUCAGCCACAGCCUCUUGGGAUUCCUCGGUACAUGAUUCUGUUCACUUGAAUAGAGUCACACCGCAGAAUGAAAGGAUUUACCUAAUUGUGAAAACCACAGUUCAACUCAGCCACCCUGCUGCUAUGGAGUUAGUAUUACGAAAACGGAUUGCAGCCAAUAUUUACAACAAACAGAGUUUCACACAGAGUUUGAAGAGGAGAAUAUCCCUGAAAAAUAUACUUUAUUCCUGUGGUGUAACCUAUGAAAUAGUAUCCAAUAUACCAAAGGCAACUGAGGAGAUAGAGGACCGGGAAACGCUGGCUCUCCUGGCAGCAAGGAGUGAAAACGAAGGCACGUCAGAUGGGGAGACGUACAUUGAGAAGUACACUCGAGGCGUGCUGCAGGUGGAAAACAUUCUGAGUCUUGAACGGCUCCGGCAGGCCGUCACAGUCAAAGAAGCACUUUCCACCAAAGCCCGGCACAUUCGGAGGAGCCUCAGUACACCAAAUGUUCAUAAUGUCUCUUCCAGCCGACCGGACCUUUCUGGCUUUGAUGAAGAUGAUAAGGGUUGGCCAGAGAACCAGCUGGACAUGUCUGACUACAGCUCCAGUUACCAAGAUGUAGCAUGUUAUGGAACUUUACCCAGGGAUUCUCCUCGAAGGAAUAAAGAAGGUUGUACAUCAGAGACUCCUCAUGCCUUAACCAUCAGCCCUUUUAAAGCAUUCUCUCCUCAGCCGCCAAAGUUUUUCAAGCCCCUAAUGCCUGUAAAAGAGGAGCAUAAGAAAAGGAUAGCCCUGGAAGCAAGGCCUCUUCUGAGCCAGGAGGACUCUGAGGAGGAAGAAAAUGAGCUGGAAGCUAUUAACAGGAAGCUAAUAAGUUCACAGCCUUAUGUACCUGUGGAGUUUGCUGACUUCAGUGUUUACAAUGCCAGCUUGGAGAACAGGGAAUGGUUUUCCUCUAAAGUAGAUCUGUCAAACUCACGGGUCUUGGAGAAAGAAGUGUCCCGUAGCCCUACCACCAGCAGUAUUACCAGUGGCUACUUUUCCCACAGUGCCUCCAAUGCCACCCUGUCUGACAUGGUUGUCCCUUCUAGUGACAGCUCAGACCAGCUGGCCAUUCAGACAAAGGAUGCAGACUCCACCGAGCACUCCACACCGUCGCUUGUGCAUGAUUUCAGGCCGUCCUCAAACAAAGAGUUGACAGAAGUUGAAAAAGGCUUGGUAAAGGACAAGAUAAUUAUGGUGCCACUCAAGGAAAACAGUGCCUUAGCCAAAGGGAGCCCAUCAUCCCAGAGCAUCCCUGAGAAAAUCUCCAAAUCACUGUGCAGGACUGGCUCAUGUUCAGAACUAGAUGCCUGCCCCAGCAAAAUUAGCCAGCCAGCCAGGGUAUUCUGCCCCAGGGAGGUGACGGUAGAACACACCACCAACAUCCUUGAAGACCAUUCUUUCACAGAAUUUAUGGGAGUGUCAGAGGGAAAAGAUUUUGAUGGUUUGACAGAUUCUUCUGCUGGAGAGCUUUCCAGUAGGAGGAACCUACCAAAUAAAACAGGCAGCAAGACUGUCUCCGAUGGGCUCCACCACCCCAGCCAGCUGCAUUCCAAGUUAGAGAAUGACCAGGGAGGCACAGCCUCACGGUGAGAGCGGCAAGCACCUCCUCAGGCCACAGCUUGGCAUCUUUGUUCGCCUGGUCACCUUGGGCAAGCACCAGCCCCAUCUCUAAAACAUGCUGCCACCUGGCUGGACCUCAGACCAGAAGCUGGAGAAUCCACGCUGUGCACUUCCUGGGCCACCUCCUUUCCCCUCCCCAGCGGGAGAAGCGGCACUUUGUCACUUGGGUGGAUCAACAGCCUCUGCUUUUUCCAGAAAGCAAGAGAACUGAAAAUCCUGGAUUAACUAAGUGACAAUAUUUUUGUUUGCACUUACUACACACCUCCACUGUAUAGAAACCUCUACAAAUUCCAACAGACUUUAUUCUUGUACAGUUUUAAUCAGUUCUUACUGUAGAAUCUGGGGUCAGUGCUCUAAUCUGUUUUUUAUAAAUAAUAUAUAUUAUGUAUAUGAAAUGUGUAUCUAUAGUAUGUCUGGAGACAGACAAGGCUGCACACUAAAAUGCAGAUAAAGGUGAUUUGUAGAAAAUCAUAAGGUACUGGACUUUGUUACAAAGCAACUUGGGCGAUCUCAUACAUGAGCAGAUGAAAAAUAUUUUAUUGCCUAAGAAUGAGCUUGCAAAUCCCUCUUUGCAGAAAAGGUUAUAGAAUGCUGUUCUUUAUAACCAAAGAACUUACAUAAGGCAAUAUUUUUGCUGUCCACUCUUUUGUGUGAACAUGUAUGUUUGACUGCAAGUUUGGUGCCAUAAUUCCCUUGGCUACCAAGCCACGUGCUGCCAUUCUCUGUCCUUUUUUUCAUAAGCACACUGAGAAAUCUCACAGCUAUAUUCUUUGGUCUUCUACCUGCCCCACCACCUGCUGACUUGACAUUGUAUUAUAACUGUUGACAAUGACUGGGGCCCUGACUCCACAGUUGCCUGGACUGUGGCUCAGCCCAGCCGGGCAGGUGGAAUGAAGAGAGCAGUAUUACUGUAAGAAAACACAAGGACAGCCAGGAGUCGUGGUGGGGUGGAUGGGGUGGGAGGUGUUGAUUUUUGUGUGUUUUUGUGUGUGUGGUUUUGUUUUGGAUUGGUAGGUUUCACUGUGGUGUGGUUUUGCUGUUGUUAUUUUGUUUGAUUCUGGAAAAUGCUGAGGAGGUGGACUGAGCUGUGAAGUUCAGUGGUUCACACUUUACCAUGUUUGCAGGAGAUGAUCGAAUACAGAUGACCCUGCUGUCGUGUCUUCAUUUGUAAAAUUCUCCUACAAAUGGAGACAUUGAAGGAUUAUGUGUAUGGAAAUUUUUACAAAAGUCCUUUCUGUACCUAUUCUGUAGAUGCCUGUAUAAUCGGUCUGGAUGUACAGCUAUAAAUGUGUUGUGAGAGCAAGAGAGAGAGAAUGCGUACAGCCUGCUGUACCUUUUUUCUUUUAAGUUCUUCGAGUUGGUAAAUGAGUAAGAUAUUGGAAACCUUAAUGAAAAGCUGCUGUUCAUGAUUGGUGUGUAUAGUGAGCUGACUGUAGUAUUUUAUUAUUGUCUGUUAAAAAAAGAAAAACUGUAAUUUAUAUCCCCUUUCAACUUUAUUGUGUUUAAUGGGUACACAUUUCUGUGUGUGUGUGUGUGUGUAUGUGUUUUAGAAUACAAACUGUGUAAUUCAGAUUUUAAAACAUUAAUUGUUUGUCUUUGAUAACCCUGCCUUUAGUUUCAAAUCUAACUUACCAUAUUUCUAUGUGUGCAUGUCUCUGCAGUGUUAAAAAAUAAUAAUAUCAGCUAGCAUUUAUUAGGGGUCAACUGGGUAUUAGGCACUGUUCUAAACAUUUGAUAUUCGUUAUCUCAUUUAAUCCUCACAGCAACAGACCCAUAGGUACUGUGGUCAUUAACUGUUUGACAAGUGGAAAACUGAGGCAGAGAAGUUACUGAUGGAGCUGUAGCAAAGCCAGGAUGCAGGCCACACUUCACUUGCCAGUCGCUGUGUUCAGCCUGGUGACAUGUCAUGGACAGACAGGCCUUUUGAAACCUAGGCACCUUCAGAGGACAGAAGGGUGUGGUGAAUGUCACAAGUUCCAGACAGACCAGUCCCAUCGUGGUGGAGGGGGGCUAUCUGGAGCAGGUAGGACAUGGUGUGUUAUACCUGUUCACGACGCUUAAAUCUUUACAGCAAGCAGCAGUACCCUGCCACCUGUGAAAUAGUGGCUAAAAGUAGCUUAUUAUAAAAAUCUUAUUUAAAAACAGAAUUAUUACAGCAUCUUUUCAGAAAAAGCUCAGCUGUUCACAAUACCCUUUCUGAAGUUACAAAGAAUUAGAUCUAGCCUGUUCUGGACAGAAGGGUGCCCUGUAUAGAGUUCCAAGGGAAAGGAGAGAAGGGACCCAAAAAAAUCCCAAAACUCAUUUGAAUUUUAGAGAAUGGGUUUGAGAAGAGGAAAGCAGCUAUUUAAUAUUUAAAUGAAAGAUGACAACUAAACAUAUAGUUCAAGAGAAAAUGAACAAAUCAUCAUUCCCCUUGCUAGUGUAAGACCAGUGGUAUUCAGGUCAGCGACAUUGUCAUCUGUCAUUAUGACUAAGAACAAACUGGGUUUAGGACAUAUUUUAUUGGAUAGUUAGAGGCGUGUGUUUAACAGUUAUUUCCAAGAUACAGUAGUGCCAGUGUCAGCACAUUUGUUGAUGGUUUUUUGGACACACAUUUUAUCAUAACAAAAAUACAACCUUGUGUUUCUAUGGCACCGACUUAUGAGGAGAAUAGCUGUUUAUAAAAAUACCCUUGGGGCUACGGCUCGAACUGCGUCCACUAGCACAGGAGUGGGAGUCAUGGGGACUGGCUGCAGCAUUCUCAUUGUGUCCUCCUGGGGAGAGGAAAGGGUCAUUUGGAGCUGCCAGUUUCCCUUCCUGGGGGCCUUUGGGGGUUUGGUGAGAACUGGAAAGAAUUUGCUCAAAGGGAAACCAGAAAAGCAGCAGCUCCUUACCUAAAAAGUUCAUUUUGCCUCGGUUGUGAGUUUUUUCAUUAAGAAAGAUAAAUUCUGGCCGGGUGCGGUGGCUCACAUCUGUAAUCCCAGCGCUUUGGGAGGCUAAGGCAGGUGGAUCACCUGAGGUCAGGAGUUCGAGACCAGCCUGGCCAACAUGGUGAAAUCCCAACUCUACUAAAAAUAUAAAAAUUACCUGGGCAUGGUGGUGCACGCCAAUAGUCCCAGCUACUCAGGAGGCUGAGGCAGGCGAAUCAUUCAAACCCGGGAGGUGGAGGUUGCUGUGAGCCGAGAUCACGCCACUGCACUCCAGCCUGGGUGACAGAGUGAGACUCUGUCCAAAAAAAGAAAAAAAAAAAAAAAAAAAAAUAUAUAUAUAUAUAUAUAAUUUCCAUUAGGCCACAUGAUUCAAAACCAAAGAAUGUAGAGCCUGAAAAAAACCAACAGUUGGGAGUAGCUUCCUUGGGAAUAAUGUCCUCUGCUAGACCAGCUUUUCUAGGCACUACAUUCCUUUUUUUUUUUUUGCCUCAGCCUCCCAAGUAGCUAGGAUUACAGGCGCCUGCCACCACACCCAGCUAAUUUUUGUAUUUUCAGUAGAGACGGGGUUUCACCAUGUUGGCCAGGCUGGUCUCGAACUCCUGAUCUCAGGUGAUCCACCCACCUUGGCCUCCCAAAGUGCUGGGAUUACAGGCAUGAGCUACCACGCCUGGCCGACGCUACAUUCUUUAAGGAACAAGGCUACGAUCCAUUUAAAGAAGAUUUGUACCAUCUAAUAGGAUACAAAGGAAAUCAUCGCUAGGUGACCAUGAAGAUUCUUUGAUUUUUUUUUAAAAAAAGGCAAAAAUAGGCCGGGCGCGGUGGCUCACGCCUGUAAUCCCAGCACUUUGGGAGGCUGAGGUGGGCGGAUCACAAGGUCAGGAGAUCGAGACCAUCCUGGCUAACACGGUGAAACCCCAUCUCUACUAAAGAUACAAAAAAUUAGCCGGGCGCGGUGGCAGGCGCCUGUAGUCCCAGCUACGCGGGAGGCUGAGGCAGGAGAAUGGCGUGAACCCCGGGGGGCGGAGCUUGCAGUGAGCCGAGAUCGCGCCACUGCACUCCAGCCUGGGUGAAAGAGCGAGACUCCGUCUCAAAAAAAAAAAAAAAAAAAAAAAAAAGGCAAAAAUAAGGUCUAGUUAGAGAAUGAAAAAUAUCUACAUCUCAGAACAACUCUAUUUAAUCUAAAAAGCUCCCUACAAUUGCCAGCCUAUUUGCAGUCUCUUACUAUGCCCACUACCCUUUCAGCCUGUACAUGAGAAAAUGUUUUUGGUUCCACAGGAUAUAGAAGAUAAGAUUUUUUUAAAAUGUUUUUUAAUUUUUUUUGGAAUCUGUCACUGAAUUAUAUUUCAGAUGCAGACACUGUGGUAUUUCCAUGUUUGUGAUAUUUACUGUGCAGUUUGUCAUUAACAACUUGCAUGGAGUAGGGCGCCAUAGAAUUUGCUUUAGUGUUUCAGUUCAAAUAGAGAUCCUAAUUCAAAUGUCAUAAUUCAAAUUCAAACACAGUAUGCUUGUUGUAAAAUUUAUCAGGUUUGCUGAUGUUGCCUUUUUUAUUAAAAUUUUUGCGGGGAUAAUAUAUUGUGACAGUCUUUGCAGCUACAGAGAACAGGACAGGCCAUCAGGGUAUAUUUCCCAAGUAUCUGACUGAAAACCUAAGCAAGAGAAGUGAGACAAACCAUCUAAUCUGUAUCCUUCCACUAACAGGCUGUGUCCUUUUGAAUUUCCGAGGUCCAUGUCCUUCUACAUAAAAUGAGGAGAUGAGACAAGAGCAGCAGUUCUCAAAGUGUGGUUGGAGAGGGGACGGUCCUCAAGAGACUUUCAAGGAUAGUCAAGGUCAAAGCUAUUUUUAUAAUACUAAUACAUCAUUAGAAUCUUUUUCACUCUAUUUCUUUCAUGAGUAUGGAGAGGAGUAUGGAGAGGAGUUUUCCAGAGGCUACCUCACAUGUGAUAUUGUAACAGACUAAAUGCAAAGCAGCUUUGGGAAUCCAGCUUUCAUCUAUUAAGUCAGACAUUAGAGAGAUUUACAAAAAUGUAAAAUAAUGCCACGCUUCUCACUAAAAAAAUAAAAAUAAAAAACCUUUAGGGUUAGGUAAGGACAAGAUACUAUCUUCUACUAAAUUAUGCUGCCCCAGCCAAUAAUUAUUUUUUAGAUUACAGUAUUUUAAAAGCUUUAGAAUCAUGUUGAAAAGAAGACAGCUAAUUACAUGACUAUGCCUUAUUUUAAAAGUAAUGCUUUCUGGUCAUGUAAUUAAAAAGUAUUGAAAGAAAAUGUAAUUGAGGCUGGGCUCAGUGGCUCACGCCUAUAAUCCCAGCAUUUUGGGAGGCCCAGGCAGGCAAAUCACCUGAAGUCAGGAGUUUGAGACCAGCCUGACCAACAUAGCGAAACCCCAUCUCUACUAAAGAUACAACAAUUAGCCGGGUGUGGUGGCACAGCCCUGUAAUCCCAGCUAUUCAGGAGGCUGAGGCAGGAGAAUUGCUUGAACCCAGGAGGCAGAGGUUGCAGUAAGCCGAGAUUGCACCAUUGCACUCCAGCCUGGGCAACAGAGCAAGACUCCGUCUCAAAAAAUAUACAAUAAAAAUAUAAAAAUUAGCUGGGCAUGGUCGUGGGCGCCUGUAAUCCCAGCUGCUCGGGAGGCUGAGGCAGGAGAAUCACUUGAACCCAGGAGGUGGAGUUUGCAGUGAGCUGAGACCAUGCCAUUGCACUCCAGCCUGGGUGACGAAGCAAGACUUCAUCUCAAAAAAAAAAAAAAAAAAAAAAAAAAUGUAAUUGAGUAAGAGUUCUUGCUCUCCUUUUCUGCUCCAAGAGCUAAAAAGAAAAAGUAUGCGUGUGUGUGUGUAUAUGAAUAAAAUAAAAUAAAAAUGUAAAGAUGUCA